UUUUGCUCGUUGUCAUAAAACAAUUGAUACUCAGAUAUUAUGAGUAAUCAAUUUUUCUUUAAAAAGUCACGUGAGUUAAUCGCACUGUUGUAAACAAAGAAUUUAAGCGUCAACUCAGGUCAAAUAUUCAGUGCAUCGCCUGAAAAAAAAUAAAAUGUUAAAUAUUGUGCUACUUUUUGGAUUUCUAUUUGUUGUGGAAUGUGGAAAGCCUACUCUGUCAGAUCCACGUGGUCUUUUUAAUGUAAUGGAAGAUGAAUUUAAAGCAAUUUUACAGGAGGAUUAUGUGCAUGGCUCUGUGUGGCCAAAACCUCUUCAUGAAAAUAGAAAUGAAGUUUAUUAUGCUAUCAACCCAGAAAAAUUUAGUUUUGAUAUAUCUGAAUCUCAACAAUCAGAUGUGUUAACUGCAGCUGUUGUUCGCUAUAAAUCUAUAACAUUUCCUGAUCCGUUCAUGGUUGCUGAACCAAGUUUAGAGUCAGUGACAAGUUUAAUUAUCACUGUCAAGGAACCAAUGGAACCUAUGAAUCUUGAAACUGAUGAAUCUUACACUCUAGUUGUGAAAGGAGGAGCUUCACUUUUGUCGGCUAAUACUGUUUGGGGAGCAUUGAGAGGUCUAGAAACUUUUAGCCAAGUUGUUUAUCAGAAUGCCAGUGGCAAUUAUUUUGUUCAACAAAAUGAAAUUGAUGAUGCACCUCGUUUCAAUCAUCGUGGUUUUUUAAUUGAUACCUCAAGACAUUAUGUUUCUCUUAGUAUAAUUUACCAAUUCUUGGAUGCCUUAGCUUACAGCAAAUAUAAUGUUUUUCAUUGGCAUAUUGUUGAUGAUCAAUCUUUUCCUUAUGUUAGUAAAGCAUUCCCAAAUCUCCAUUUGCAGGGAGCAUACAAUAACAAAACACACAUUUACACACCUGAAGAUGUUCAAAAUGUUAUAGAGUAUGCAAGAUUACGUGGGAUUCGAGUUCUACCAGAGUUUGAUACACCUGGUCACACACAGUCAUGGUUUAGUGUAAAAGAUUUAUUAACACCAUGUUAUAGUAGUGGCAAACCUAAUGGGAACUAUGGUCCAAUAAAUCCAACUAUAGAGUCUAACUAUAAGUUUUUGGAAGAUUUUUUCUCUGAAGUUAGUCGUGUUUUUCCUGACAAAUACCUUCACAUGGGAGGAGAUGAAGUUAGUUUUGAUUGUUGGAAAAGCAACCCAGAUAUUACUUCAUGGAUGGCUAGCCAUGGUAUGGGUAGCAAUUAUUCAUUACUAGAGCAAUAUUAUGAACAAAGAUUACUUGAUAUUAUUGGCAAACUUGGAAAAGGUUAUGUAAUUUGGCAAGAAGUUGUUGACAAUCAAGUUAAGGUUCAAGCAGAUACAGUAGUUAAUGUAUGGAUUGAUGGCUGGCAAAAUGAGUUAGCACGUGUCACAAAUUUAGGUUAUCACGUAAUUCUUUCAUCACCAUGGUAUUUAAACUAUAUUUCAUACGGACCAGAUUGGCCUUCAUACUAUAAUGCUGAUCCUCAAAAUUUUAAUGGUUCUGAUGCCCAAAAAAAAUUGGUUAUUGGCGGAACUGCAUGCAUGUGGGGAGAAUGGGUUGAUGGAACCAACCUUAUUCCUAGAACCUGGGCACGCGGACUUUCGGUUGCUGAAAGAUUAUGGAGUCCAAAAGAGACAAGAGAUAUUUCUGAUGCAACAAGAAGAAUAUGGGAACAUAGAUGUAGAUAUUUAAAACGCGGUAUUCAAGCUGAAAAUGUAGUACAAAGUAAAUACUGUCGACACGAAUGGAUUAAUACUCAUGAUCUAUAAUCGAUUUCAAACUGGUUUAAGAAUUAACUGAAUAAGUUAAUUAUAGAAGAUAUCAUCAAGUUUCUUUUCUUUUUUUUUCUUUUUUUACACUUUAUUAAAAAAUUUCUUUUAUCUUAAUGGUGACCAUAAUUUCAAUUGCAACUUUUAUACUCAAUUUAAAAUUUAUACUGUAAAAUAAUUAACGAUUUUUUUUAAAAGUUUGUUGUUAAUUUUAUAUUAUGUUCUGGUUGUAUCGAAGAAAGCAUUUCAUAUA